UGUUCACUUCGCGCACUGACUUCAAACAACAUCAAUUGAUAAAGCUUACAGUCGCGCGUGCGCCUGACAGUGUCCAAAACACACCAUAUCAAGGAUUUUAAGGUUUGUAAUUAGUUUACUAAAUUUGGAAAUGGAUCAGAAGGACACGGAAAUGAAUGAAAAAGGACUCUCGUCUUCUGCCAGCGGAGUUGUUGUUCAAGUCAGAGAGAAGAAAGGACCUUUACGCGCUGCCAUCCCCUACAUGCCUUUCCCGGUAGCUGUCAUCUGCCUGUUUCUCAACACAUUUGUGCCCGGACUGGGCACGUUUAUCUCAGCUUUCACAGUUUUGUGUGGAGCGAGGACGGAUCUACCUGACCGUCACAUGUGCUGCGUGUUCUGGCUGAACAUCGCAGCUGCCUUCAUUCAGAUCCUCACCGCCAUCGUCAUGGUGGGCUGGAUCAUGAGCAUAUUUUGGGGAAUGGACAUGGUCAUUCUUGCAAGCUACAGGGAGCAGGCCACACCCCAGCAACUCUGAUUGCUGUGGUCUAAAUGUAAUCUUGAAUGUGCACCUUUCUCCUGUGCUGUCUGGCCAACUGUAACAGGAGUUUUGAGAUGGCCCCCAGGUGGCCUGGGAGAUCCAGGGGUUGAUCACAUGCAGAUGAUCAGCCCAACUCCUAUUAUUUGCUGUCAGGUACUAAAUAAAGUGACCUGCCUGUUGAAGGACUGCAGAAAAGUAUUAACAUAGUCUGUGAAUAUCUCUAUAAUUGUAUAUGUGCAAACCGUCCACAGUAUGUGCCGAAAAAAUCCUACAUCUGUGAGGGAAAACCAGCCUUGUUUAAACUGCUCUAAUCUGAAGAAUUUAUGUUCAUUCAAGUGACCAGUAAACACUAACAUAUGAAAGUCUGAAAUAGGUGGACCGGGGCUAGUUUAACUCUAAACUCCAUUAAAUAUUACUCAGGGUAGGUUUAUUUUGGAAAGCCAAUCACUGCAUAGACAUAUACAUUAAAGUCUUGGCAACAAAAAAGCUUGUGAAAAUUUCUACCAUUAUUGUCCAGGAAAAAAGAUACAGUUCAUUGAACGCAAGCUGACAUCUUGUGACAAAUUAUAUAUUUCGGUUAUAAUGUACCUUUAUUAAAUGGUUAAUCCCUUAUUAAAUGUGUGCCAGUGUUUUGUUAUGUUCACUUGUUUACCCAAAAGCUAUUACAAACAUUUUACAAUAUAGAGGUUUGGAGGUUGUGACUCAAAACCUUAUAGUUAUUGAGCUAUUGCCCUUGUGACAGCAUCCCUGUGUUACAUAUAGCCCCGGUCUCCCCAUCUGCAUUUUUUAAUAUUUGUAUAGCGCUUAGAGGUGUCAGAUGAAAAGCAAAGCUUAAUAACGCUGAAUAUUUUGCUUCCCACAAAGCACUGUAUGAAUACAUAUUACACAGAAUAUUUACAUGGUCAUGUGUAUUACAGUGUCUAUAGUAUUUCUAUAUUGUAUUGUGUUUUAUUACUCUAAACCUUAUAAACAGGAAAUGUGUAUUUAUCAAUUUGUUUUUUAUCAUAAGCUCACAUGUCAUUGUUCUUUGUUUUAGUCUUCUAUACACAGAGACCAACAGCUAGAAACAUAACCUUUUCUCUUUUAAUUAUCAGUUGUUAAGUAAAACAGCCAAGUAUAAUGAAUAAUAGUGAAUAAUGGAGGGUCAGUUGACAUAGUAACUGCCCACUUUAAUCAACUUAUGCGUAUGGACUGAAAUCAUGUAAUUACAGCGAGUUGUUUUUAUUUGACCAACUUGGGGGAAAGGCACAGUGUAAACUGUAAAGGUCGAAACAGUAUUAUUUAAGAGUGACAUUGAAAAAUGAACUACUCGUUGCAAAUGGUUGCAGCAAUCAGUUGACCUUAUUCACUGUAGUGCCAUCUUUGAUUUUUUUUAACAACACGGCUUUGAGGGAUAUAUGCUCUUCAAUGGGUUGGACAGUUGUUUAAAGUGUUUUUGUUCUGCUGACGAAAAAAUAAUAAUCUUUCCAAGAAAUGUAAUGAGUUUUGUCAAAUUUGAUGUGAUCUAGGAGUUCUUUAUACAGUGGAUAUCACUGAAGAGACAGUAAGUCUAUCCAGAGACUAUUAGCAGAGAUGGGCCAUUUCUAUUAAAAUGAAUGGGAUAUGGAUGUAGAAAGAAAUUACCACCUUACAGGUAAAAGAGCCAAUCACCUUUAAGAUACAUGCAUCUCCUAUCAAUCAACUCAAGAACGAGCAUGCACAGUAGCUAUACAAGCUGGGAAAUCACUUUUUUUAGCAUAAUCUGAGUUAAAGAAGCACAUUUACUGAUUCCAGUGUUAUCAGAUUUCAGGAGAUCAUGAUCAUGUUCUUUGAUCGUAGUCCUGACCAACCAUUUUGGAGAUUUCCCAUAAAUAGGAGCUGCUCUUGCAUGCUGCUUGUUUACAUUGAAAUAUAGCUGCCAGAGAGCGUUUUAAAAAGGUCAACAGUGGACUGACUUGCUAGAAAGACUCUGAUUUAUCCCUCACUCAAAGUCUUGUUUUCAGUCCUGUCAAAAAUGAAAGAUGCUCUACUGUGAAUAAGGUCUAUAGUAUAUAGUUGCGGCUCCGCAGCUGUUAAGUAUGUGGCCCCAUUCCCAAAUAUUAGAUACUUUGGUACAAAACAUUACAUUACUGAACAGUCUCUUUUGGAUAUUAAUGGGUAUUAGCUAGUCUCUGGUGUGAAUGUGUGCAGUGAAUGUAUUUAAAGAGUAGUUAUAUAUUUGGCCAGAAAGUGAAUUAGUUGUGUAAAGUUGUGUGCUGUUCUGUUACGUGCUGCCUUUUUAAAUACAAGCAUUGCUGUAUAAUCCAGUGUUAAGUACAAAUGCAUCAAUUUAUUACAGUCAAACAUACUGUAUGUUACUCAGUAGACUUACACAACUUUGUAAACUCACACCUCUGUAAAUGUCAGAGGUAUCAUAUCUAAUAAAUUCUGCCUUUAAA